AUGAACCAACAAACCCCUUCUCAGAGCACCUCGCCUGCCCCUCCCUCCUCCUCUCCGGCAAUGACAUCGGCGUCGCCUGACCUGCUGCUUUGCCAGACGUUCUAUAGAACCAAGAACCCCGUCGUCUUUGACCGCGACGCCGACACAAUUAUUCUGGUCGGAGACACCUCGCCUGGCGUCGUUGAACCCCCUCAACGCCUCUUCCAGAUCCGCUCUUUCCAUCUGUUCCUCAACUCCUCAUUCUACAAGCGCCUCUUCAGCGAGGGUUGCAUCAACAACAUCCCUCGCACCGAAGAUCACUUGAGGCACUUCAAGAUUACCCUUUCCGACGUCGACCCCGAGGCCCUCUUCUUGACACUCCGCGCCUGCCACACCGGCAAAGUGUCCAUCCGCCCGUCGACGCCAAACAUCCUCGACCUCGUGUUCCGGAUUGCAAAGACGGCACACGAUUUGGAGUUCGACAUCGGCAUUGCGGAUCCAUCUUCCGACACAGCCACGCUGUCGCAGGCUGCGCAAGGAUGGCUUUCGGAACAAAGGGACGAUCUUGAUGUUGUGGGAAACAAUCUGGUAGAUCGAUGGAAGCUGGUCAAGGCGGCAUUUUACUUUGGCCAACUGAGUACCUUCACGCAGCUGAGCGUUCACUUGGUCAGAAGGCUACCGGAGCACUUCUGGGUGCAUCUGGCAGGAGACAUCCACCGUGGCGUCAACACGCACUACCAGAACCAGGUGUCUAGAGAGGAGAUGGCCAUCAUUGCCGUCCGCCUCCUCUUCCUCUUCUACCACAUCCUCUAUCGCGACGCAGCCUUCCCACCCUUCCGUGCUUCAAUCCCUCAUGUCUCCCAGAUUCCAGCCAGGAUCACGCGCUCCUGGUCCGACCAGGCAAGGGCCGCGUGGGACACCCGAGUACAAGAGUCCUCGGUCUGCACUUGCCCCUGGCUUCCACAGUACUACGAGUCCUGGACGAGAGGUCUGGAACUCCACUGUCUGGACCUAUUCACCAAAGCCUUUGCGGGGGACGAAAGCCGCUGCAUAACUCUCCUCUUCAAGACCAUAGCGUGGGCACUGCGUCGUGGCGUGAUAGCUAAGCCGUGGGAUAGUUGCGAGGUGGGGGUGGAGCCAGAGUGUGGUUUGGUUGGCGGACGAGCGGGUCAUGAGGAGAAGGCGAGGGAGUUAGUGAAAGAGCUGAGGAGUUGUUUGGAUGUUUGGAAGGCGGAUCUUGAGAGGGAUACGGUUGGGGGUUCUGAUGUGGAAGACUCCGACGAUGAGGAUUCCGACAGGCAUCCUGGCGCUGAGAGGUACACCGGAAUCAGGUACCACGAGGUUGAGGGCCCAAGAGCCCAGUACCCCCACCCCUCGUACUCGCUCCCGUAG